UGGAUGAGAAGGCGCUGCCAGCAGUUGGGUCCCACCUCUGUGUGCAAGGGAACGGGGCUGCGUGGCCCAGGUGGCACCGAUGCCCAAGAACAGCAAGGUGACCCAGCGGGAGCACAGUAAUGAACAUGUCACCGAGUCGGUGGCUGACCUGCUGGCCCUCGAGGAGCCCGUGGACUACAAACAGAGUGUCCUGAAUGUGGCUGGUGAGGUGGGUGGCAAGCAGAAGGCUGCGGAGGAGGAGCUGGACGCCGAGGACCGGCCGGCCUGGAACAGCAAGCUGCAGUACAUCCUGGCCCAGAUUGGCUUCUCUGUGGGCCUCGGUAACAUCUGGAGGUUCCCCUACCUGUGCCAGAAGAAUGGAGGAGGUGCCUACCUGGUGCCCUACCUGGUGCUGUUGGUCAUUAUUGGGAUCCCCCUCUUCUUCCUGGAGCUGGCUGUGGGCCAGAGGAUCCGCCGUGGCAGCAUCGGAGUGUGGCACUACGUGUGCCCCCGCCUGGGGGGCAUUGGCUUCUCCAGCUGCAUUGUCUGCCUCUUUGUCGGGCUGUACUACAACGUGAUCAUCGGCUGGAGCAUCUUCUACUUCUUCAAGUCCUUCCAGUACCCAUUGCCCUGGAGUGAAUGUCCUGUUGUCAGAAAUGGGACCGUGGCAGUGGUGGAAGCCGAGUGUGAGAAGAGCUCAGCCACUACCUACUUCUGGUACCGGGAGGCUUUGGAUAUUUCCAACUCCAUCUCGGAGAGUGGGGGCCUCAACUGGAAGAUGACCCUGUGCCUCCUCGUGGCCUGGAGCAUCGUGGGAAUGGCCGUCGUGAAGGGCAUCCAGUCCUCGGGGAAGGUGAUGUACUUCAGCUCUCUCUUCCCCUACGUGGUGCUGGCCUGCUUCCUGGUGCGGGGGCUGUUGCUUCGAGGGGCGGUCGACGGCAUCCUACACAUGUUCACUCCCAAGCUGGACAAGAUGCUGGACCCCCAGGUGUGGCGGGAGGCGGCCACACAGGUCUUCUUUGCCCUGGGGCUGGGCUUUGGUGGUGUCAUCGCUUUCUCCAGCUACAACAAGCAAGACAACAACUGCCACUUUGACGCUGCCUUGGUGUCCUUCAUCAACUUCUUCACCUCGGUGUUGGCCACCCUUGUGGUGUUUGCUGUGCUGGGCUUCAAGGCCAACAUCAUGAAUGAGAAGUGUGUGGUCGAGAAUGCUGAGAAAAUCCUGGGGUACCUCAACUCUAAUGUCCUGAGCCGAGACCUCAUCCCACCCCACGUUAACUUCUCUCACCUGACCACCAAGGAUUAUGCCGAGAUGUACAAUGUCAUUAAGACCGUGAAGGAGGGCCAGUUCUCCUCCCUGGGCCUGGACCCCUGCCUUCUGGAAGAUGAACUGGACAAGUCCGUGCAGGGAACAGGUCUGGCUUUCAUCGCCUUCACCGAGGCCAUGACGCACUUCCCUGCCUCCCCAUUCUGGUCGGUCAUGUUCUUCCUGAUGCUCAUCAACCUAGGCCUGGGCAGUAUGAUCGGGACCAUGGCAGGCAUCACCACGCCCAUCAUCGACACCUUCAAGGUGCCCAAGGAGAUGUUCACAGUGGGCUGCUGUGUCUUUGCAUUCUUCGUGGGGCUGUUGUUCGUCCAGCGCUCUGGAAACUACUUUGUCACCAUGUUUGACGACUACUCGGCUACCCUGCCGCUUACUGUCAUCGUCAUCCUGGAGAACAUCGCUGUGGCCUGGAUCUAUGGCACCAAAAAGUUCAUGCAGGAGCUGACAGAGAUGCUGGGCUUCCGACCCUACCGCUUCUAUUACUACAUGUGGAAGUUCGUGUCUCCCCUCUGCAUGGCUGUGCUGACCACGGCCAGCAUCAUCCAGCUGGGGCUCACGCCUCCUGGCUAUAGCGCCUGGAUCAAGGAGGAGGCGGCUGAGCGCUACCUGUACUUCCCCAACUGGGCCAUGGCGCUGCUGGUCACCCUCAUCGUGGUGGCCACACUGCCCAUCCCCGUGGUAUUCGUGCUGCGGCACUUCCACCUGCUGUCUGAUGGCUCCAACACCCUCUCAGUGUCCUACAAGAAGGGCCGCAUGAUGAAGGACAUCUCCAACCUGGAGGAGAACGACGAGACCCGCUUCAUUCUCAGCAAGGUGCCCAGCGAGGCACCCUCCCCCAUGCCCACCCACCGUUCCUACCUGGGACCUGGUGGUGCAUCGCCCCUGGAGACCAGUGGAAAUCCCAAUGGACGCUACGGGAGUGGUUACCUCCUGGCUGGCACCCCUGAAUCAGAGCUGUGACCACUACCCCAUCCUGCCCCCACUGCCUCUCCCUUCACCUCCUGCUCAAACUGCGUACUUGUGUG